AUGCCUGCUUACUGGUCAAAAUGGGAGUCUCUCUUUGGAUCGGCUCGUUUCUUGACGACUACUUUCUUGAACUUUCUCUCCGUGCGAACGACGACGAUGGGCACGGGGGAAUUCGAGAAACGGUCCUUUGACAAGCUGCCCAAACCUGGCGCGCCGAACGCCACAUCCCAGGCUUGCAUCGUGCCGCGCUGGUCUCUCACGAUCACUACCCGGGUUGAGUCUGGGGCGGACUCGUUCAUCGACUACCAGCAUCUGUGGCUCGCCUCUCGUGCCCAACCGAGUAUCUUUGAGGACCACGCGCUUAUCCUGAUACUCCGGGAAGACAACACAGACGGUUCUGCCUUCAAUACACUUGUUCUCUUGGACCUCAUCUCACUUCUCCCAGAACCAUCAGCCGCAUAUGCAGCAAGCUUUGGCGCCAGAUAG